CACGUACAGUGGGAGGGGUCUUGCUUGCGGUUGUCUUUGAACUUGGUUCACUGAUUUCAGUCAGUGAAACUGUGCUUACCGGCUAAUCCACUCCCCGACAUCACCAGCAGCAUCAACUAGUUAAACCAUGAAGAUCUGGACAUCGGAGCACAUAUUCAACCAUCCUUGGGAGACGGUGACCAAGGCUGCUAUGCAGAAGUACCCUAACCCCAUGAACCCCAGUGUGAUCGGAGUGGAUGUUUUGGACAGAGGCAUCGACAAACAGGGACGCCUCCACAGUAAAAGACUGCUCAGCACAGAGUGGGGUCUUCCAUCUAUAGUGAAAUCUAUCAUCGGUAACGCACGGACAUACACCUAUGUACAGGAGCACUCGGUUGUGGAUCCCAAAGAGAAGAUUUUCGAACUUCAGUCCACAAAUAUCACUUUCACAAACAUGGUGUCUGUCGAUGAAAGGUUAACAUACAUACCACACCCUGAGGAUCAAGAGAAAACAAUAUUGACUCAGGAGGCUAUCAUCUCUGUGAAAGGAGUCAGCCUCAGCAGUUACUUGGAGGGAGUUAUGGCCAGCACCAUCUCUGCUAACGCUGGAAAGGGCCGUGAAGCCAUGGAGUGGGUAAUCAGGCGACUGAAUGCAGAAAUCGAGGAGCUGGCAGCCACUGCACGAGGGACCAUACGCACCCCCAUGGCUGCUGCAGUCACUGAGAAAUGACACCUGCCUCUCUUUUCCAGCAGAGUCUGAGAUAAGCUGCACGCCAGUACAACCAGCCUCCCUUUAUGAUGCUCUGGUGCUGUUUUGGUGCUCUGGAAUUUUUGUAUUAUUUGAGGGUACAAUUCAUCCAUCUCUAUACUUUACUAUCUACAUUAGAUAUAUUUUUAACACUAAACUGCAACAUAAAGGGAUUCUGUGGAGUGUUUUCAGGGGAUGCUGCUUGGUAGGACCGCGGUGAUGAGAGACUUGGGGAAGAAAAGUGAGUGACACGCUCAGGGUCAAGUUUAAACACCACUGUUAUCUGUGUGUUUGGAAACAGGUAGCAUUGGCAAAGAGGUAUCAGAGGCACUGGAUGAACUGAAAACACAAGAAAAGUGCCAAAGUAGACACACAGCUUUUUGUCCAGCCUCUUAAUAGCACCUUUGCCAGCUGUGUUUUCAUCUGGCAAAGGACCUCAGAGUGCCAGCGAGUCUCCUGACAUGAACUCUGUGUUUACAGCAACAGAGUUAUAAGAAAAACAGUCAUGGUGAGAUGUGUAGACGUGACUGUGAGGAAUACUCCUGUUGAAAUAUAAUGGCAAAAAAACAACGCCUUGUUGAGGCAGGAUUCAAGUGCAACGCAUGUCAAGGGUACAUGGAAAUGGUUUCGGGUGUCAGAGUAAAUGGUUGGGUUAACACAGCUGUCGACAGUGACACGUUAAUGUAAUAUUUCACUGUCAGGUUUAUUUGUGUAAGAGAGCUGUCUCCUCAACAAAGUUUUUCUUGUGGGACCUCAGUAAUAACAAGACUCUGUACCAGGCAACGUAUGUAAGCCUGAAUAUAAUCUGUAUUUUGUUAUUAUGUGAUAACUAAUAUUGUUAUUAAGGUAUUUAAGUGAAAGGAAGGGAUCAAGAUACUUUCCAUAGUUAUAUUCUUGAAGUAGAAGACCUUCUCAAAUCCUGCGUUAGUAUAACUAAAUCGGUCUGAGGUGUGGAGAGAAAAAAAAUUCAGUUACAUAUUGUACCUGAACUCAAACAGUUUUAUCAAUACACACAAUGCUACUAUUCCUCAGUCAUAACAGUCGUCUCAGUGUUAAAGCUGAGACCUUUGCAUUGAUUUAUAUUUGUACUUUCAAAAUAAUAUAUUUUAACAAAGAAGCUGCUACACAUGCUGAGGGUGCUGAUAAUUUGUGGUUUUUUGGUAUUACUGUUUGAGAGAUUAAAUGUGGUUACAAUUUGUAUUCGAGAAGGUCUGUCUUCAUAUAACGAACAGCAGUGUGGCGAUGGUCAAAGCUUUACUUUCUUUAAUAUAUAUUUUUUUUACCUGUAACAGGAAUAUUUAUUUAGAAAAAGAGUUGCGACAUCGGUUGACCAUUGAGAAAUGUUGAUAUCACAUGCUUAGUUAAAAAUUGUAAUUUGUGCAUUUUGUGCCUCUGGUAAAAAAAAAAAAUGCAGAAUGUGGCAAUAAAAAAAAUUAUUUUAUCCUGUUUAAUAGAAGAUUUUUGCGUAGAGUACUUCUUCAAAUUACACCAGCUUAAAGAAAAAAAGGUUGCUGUUAAAAUGGAAAUCGAAUGUAUUCAGAAAAAUAAAUGUUAUGAUUUUGAGUUAGCAUUCAACAUAUGUUAUACAAUAUUUAAUGUCAUGGAGUGGAUAUUUAUCCAGAUUAGUUAUUUUCAAGUAGCAACAUGGCCCAUGUGAAAACAUGCAUAUGAAUCUGCCAAAAUAGGAGCUCGAUUGCCUUUGGGAGGUUCAGUCAAGAGAUGCUCACUAAAUGUAUGCAUUCCUAAAGUCAUUGUUAGCUCAAGGGUAUGAAAGCAUUUUUUGCAGUGCUCCUCUGUUAUUAGAGUCUGCACACACCUACAGUAGGUGUACACCAGUACAGCUGCAUUCUUCUAACAUUGGUCAUAUGAUUUUUGCUGCAUGUUUGAAAUGCAAGAGCCACAUGCUGCCACACUGUGGCCAAAUGCUAGACUUGCAAUUUCAUCUUAGUCAUGUCAUCUUAGACAAGGUAAAAUCUUACCUUGACAAAAGUUUAAAGUGUAGGGCCAGAGUUAAUUAAAUGUUUUUAACUUGAAUGGUUGAAAAUAAAGUUAUUUAAAUAAU